AUGGCAGCAAAACUCAUCUUUCUCUUCUUGGUUUUCCUUCUUCUCCUAUACAAAGUAAAGCCUGACCUAGACAAUGUUGGACCCUUGUUGACCCAACUCACUGACGGGUUCAAUGCUGAACGUAAAAGCAUGAGCUUAGACGACGCAGUGAUUGAUAACAAUGGCAUUCUUCAGCUGACAAACGAAUCUGUUCAAGUUGAUAGCCAUGCUUUCUAUAAAUAUCCAAUCAAAUUCAAGAACUCCUCCAACGGCAAAGUUAUGUCAUUUUCCACUACGUUUGCUUUUGCUUUGAUCAAUGAACAUGGAAAUCAAGGCCGCCACCACUUCGCUUUCACAAUCUCUCCAUCUGGGGCUCUUCUAGGCCCUUAUCUUGGUCGACUCAAGGCCAGAAAUGAUGGGAACAUCUCAGACCGCGUAUUCACGGUGGCAUUCACUGUCAUUCACCUCAAGUUCAGUGACAUCGAUGAUAACCAUGUUGAUGUUGGCCUCAAAUGCAGCAUAGUAUCGAACAAAUCUGUUCGACCUGAUCAAUCUCUGCGUAGAAAGAAUUCCCUUACUCUGAAGAGUGGUCAUGUAAUUCAGGCAUGGGUCGAAUAUGAUGCACGAAUAAAUCAAUUAAAUGUUAGCCUUGCGCAAGAAUCUGAUAGACCCAAGUCUGCAUUUUUGUCCUAUAAUGUGGACCUCUCACCAAUUUUCAAAGAAUCCAUGUUCAUUGGGUUCCUUGCUUCAAAUGACCGUCCAUCCUCAAAUUCACACUAUGUCUUAGGCUGGAGCUUUAAUAUAAAUGGAGAUGCUAAAAAUCUCAAUUUGGAUCAACUCAGGCUGAAGCUCCCAAAAAUGAAUGGGUCAAAAAAGAACCACACAGGCCUAAUUGUUGGUGUUUCAGUCUCUAGUGCUUUGGUUGUAAUUUUGGGGAUUGUUUUGGUUCUUUACAAUGUCAGGAAACUCAAGAAGACUGAUGUGGUUGAAGCCUGGGAGAUUGAUAUUGGACCACAUAGAUUUUCUUACGAGGAUCUAAAGAAAGCAACAAAGGGUUUUGGAGACAAAGAGCUACUUGGGUUUGGUGGAUUUGGUAGAGUUUACAAAGGAACUCUGCCGAAUUCAAAUACCCAAGUUGCUGUAAAGCGUGUUUCCCAAAAUUCGAAGCAAGGUUUGCGAGAAUUCGUGUCUGAGGUUGGUAGUAUUGGCCAUCUUCGUCAUCGAAAUUUAGUUCAAUUAUUGGGUUGGUGCCGUAAGCAAGAUGAUUUAUUACUUGUGUAUGAAUUUAUGCCUAAUUUAAGCUUAGACAAGUACCUUUUUGAUGAGCCUAAAGCAAUCUUAAGCUGGGAGCAAAGGUUCAAGAUCAUCAAAGGGGUUGCUUUGGGGCUUUUAUAUUUACAUGAGGAAUGGGAACAAACUGUGCUUCACAGAGACAUCAAAGCAGGCAAUGUGUUAUUGGAUUCUGAGUUUAACGGAAAGUUGAGUGAUUUCGGUCUUGCUAAGCUAUAUGAGCGUGGCUCCAACCCAAGCAGAACCAGGGUGGUGGGCACGUUGGGUUAUUUAGCACCUGAGCUCACACGCAUAGGCAAGCCAACAACAAGUUCUGAUGUGUUUGCCUUUGGUGCUUUAUUACUAGAAGUGGUAUGCGGUAGAAGGCCUAUUGACCCUAAAGCAUUGCCUGAGGAGCUCAUGCUUGUGGAAUGGGUUUGGGAGAAAUGGAGCUUAGGAGCAACCUUAGAUGUUGUGGAUUCAAGGUUGGGGGGUGAGUUUGAUGAAGUUGAGGCUGUUUUGGUGCUUAAAUUGGGCUUAAUGUGUUCCAACGAUGCACCCGAGUCAAGACCCACUAUGAGGCAUGUGGUUAGGUGCUUGGAAACGAAGCUAGCUUUGGAGGAGGAGGAUUUUAUGCAAUCUUAUCCCACUACUUCAGCCUCAGUUGGUGAUAACGAGGAUAUUGCUGAUGUUGAGGAUGUUUUAACUGCAUCCUUUUCAGUUUUCAGUGGAGAUGAUGGUAGUUAGUCUUGUUUCAAUGGUUUGGGAUUUUCAAUUUCAGUUGCU